AUGCCCUCCUCGACAAUAGACGAGUCCAAGUUUGACUCCAUCCCGGAUGCCAUUGAGGCCUUCCGCAACGGCGAGUUCCUCGUCGUGCUCGACGACCCCUCGCGCGAGAACGAAGCCGACCUCAUCAUCGCCGCCGAGGCCCUCACCACCGCCCAGAUGGGCUUCAUGAUCCGCCACUCGUCGGGCUACGUCUGCGCGCCCCUCAGCCCCGCCAUCCUCGACCGCCUCAACCUGCCGCAGAUGGUCACCUCGAACGAGGACCCCCGCGGCACCGCCUACGCCGUCUCCGUCGACGCCGCCGACGAGGCCGUCACCACCGGCAUCUCCGCCCACGACCGCGCCCUCACCUGCAGGGUCCUCGCCGACCCCGCCGCGAAGCCCGCCGAUCUGCGCCGCCCCGGCCACGUGCUGCCGCUGCGCGCGCGCCAGGGCGGCGUGCGCGAGCGGAGGGGCCACACCGAGGCCGCCGUCGACUUUUGUCGGCUGGCCGGCAAGAAGGAGGCGGCCGCCAUCUGCGAGCUGGUCGACGACGGCACCGUCGUCGAGGGCCGGGCCGUGCACGAGAACCCGGGCAUGAUGAGGGGCGAGCAGUGCAUCGACUUUGCGAGACGGUUCGGGCUCAAGGUGUGCACGAUUGCGGAUCUGGUGGCGUACCUGGAAAAGACGCAGGGCAAGCUGGACGUCAAUGGCUCGUCGUAG